GUUUACCUGUUGUAAUGAGUUACAAUAAUCAUUAUUGAACUAUUGAGAAUUCCAAUUGUAAUAGCAGGAUAUAACUUACUACUAGGAGUGAAUGGGCAUGUGUGCAUUUAUGUGCAGUUAUGGUAUAGUAGUCACUGACUUUUAUUACAGAGUUUCUGUCAAUCAUUUGCUUGGUUGUAGCUGUUCCAUCUGUGGAAAUUUCUCCUGUUGAUCAAACUGUGAAUGAGGGUGCAGACUUUGUAGAAUUCAAAUGCACUGCUGCUAACACUAUGCCUGAACCGACUCUUAACUGGACAUUUACAAACAAUGAUGGUCACAUGGAGACAUUACAAGAGCAGCCACGUCUUCCAAGUGCGAGGGCAAGUUUUGUUAGAGUAUCUUCAAUUUCAAGGGACAAAAGUGGCCGUUAUGAUUGUGUUCUUGAGAAUGAAUUUGACAAAGUCACUUCAUCAGCACAUUUGACUGUACAAUAUUUUGAUGGUGUCAGUCUUAGUGUUAUUCCAAGCAAUGAACUUGUAUUUAAAGAACUCGGAACUUUAGUCAUCAACGUGUCAUCAGUUCCAGCUGCAACCGAAAUACGUCUGAGUCGAAAUAAUGUCGUUUUCUUCUCAUCAUCUAACGGAAAUCUCAACAAAUCAAUAGGAACUGUCAUAGUGAAUGAGAGCAAUUACAUACAGUACAUCUUUACCGUUGAUAAAAGCUGGAACACUACGGUAACAGCAUAUGCGAAGCAUCUACUAGGGAGUAAUACAUCAACUCAAGUAAUAACUGUACUUGCUCCUCCAGGUCCAAUUGAUGUGUCUGUAAACACCUCUUGUUAUAACAAUAAUAACAGUUUACUGGUUAUGUGGACUGUGUACAGCAAUGGUGGACGUGACAUUAGCAAUUACACACUGAGAUGGAGGAAAGAUUGUAGUAAUACUCCAACUACAUUGCUCAACUCAAAGACAUGGAUGGUAUCGAACAAUGCUAGAUUUACACAGCAAGGAGGCAGUUACAUAAUACCAGGACUGGAUGGUAACACAACAUAUUGUAUAGACGUGGAAGCAACAAAUAGUAUUGGACCAAUGUCGACGACAGUCAAAGCAACUACAUUGUCUGUCCCAAACCAGCCUAAACUUCAAUGUAAUCCCACAUUGACCACAAAUACAAGUGUAGCAAUAGCUUGGGUAGUCAGCAGCAAUGGUGGUGAUGACGUCUCACAUUAUGCUGUAGUACUGAGUGAAGAUGUGAAUUUCACGCAGACAGCUUAUUCAAAGACUCUGUUUGUGGUUGACAAUUCUGAGUUGACACAGAAGGGUGGAAUGGUUACUGUGCCAGGUCUUUCUGGUGGAACAACAUAUUAUGCAAAGGUUGUUGCAAGAAAUUGUGUUGGUGCUAGUGUUCCUGCUACUCAGCCUUGCUCUACACGCUGUAGUCAGUGUAUUUGUCCAUUAUUGCAACCUCGAGCAGUCAAAGAAGUAUUUUUGUCUGAUGACACCAUAACACUGACAGUAAAGGCUCCUGACUUGAAUUGUCAAAUUGACAAAUACAUUGUUAAAGACGUAGCGUCUGCUGACGAACUCCAGUCAUCAUAUUCUGUUGAGAAUGGUAUUGUAACUAUUACCAUAACGGGACUGGCGGCAGGAGCAAACUAUACAGUUCAAGUGUAUGCAGUAGAUCAAUCACAGGAACGUCCAAUAGGGAAACCAGUCACAUUUCAAAUAUCAAGCCAAGAUAAAGGUGAGGAGAAAGGUCUAUCAUCAGGUGUUGUAGCUGGUGUGGCUGCUGCAGUUGUGUUGGUGAUCAUUCUCAUUAUUGCUGGUGUGAUAAUAUGUCUGUACAGAAAGAAGAGAGAUGUAACCAAGUCCACUCGAGAGACUAGUAGGACAAUCAGAAGUCAAAUUUAUGAAGACCCAUUGCAAACUCCAAUCUCAGACACAGUGAUGCAACAAUCAAGUGCAUAUGGCGUGGUGGGAAGGGAAAGAACAGCCGGUGACUCGGAAGUAAAGAUGCAGGAAUCACGAGCGUAUGCAACGAUACCCAUGCAAGUGGCUACUACCAAUGCAACCGUGUCCAACAUGUAGAGACAGCUGUCGGACAUAAACAAAUAUUGUUUCUGUAUGAGUUUCUUACUUACAUGCAAAAUUGCUUAGGAGUUAUUUUGCAUGUUGUGAUCCGUGGCUCACUUUUCUUCUGGUGAUGCAUUGUAGCUACGUAGACAAAAAGUGUUUGUAUAUGCGUGUUUUGACUAAUCAGUGCUUUCUAUACAUAACUGUUGGGACUUGCACAAGGCCUAUAUAGUCAAAUAACUAAUUGAGAAUAAGCACAGCAUUUUAGUGCAGUACGUCUUUGCUUGAAUAUAAAUGCUAUGGUGCUAUUUUGUGUUAGUGCUUCUAGAUGUGAAGUUUGCUAGCCAAAUAAAUA